ACACCAUGGGUGCCGGCCGGAGGAAGCUGGCCCUGCUCUGGGCCCUGGGCCUCACUCUGGCCUGUGCUCAGCACACAGGCCAGGCCCGGGACAGCGCUGCAGAGCUCGACUAUGAGUACCCGGACCUCCCUCCUGCCCCCCAGGGGCCUGGCGGCAACUCCCUCCGCGGGGUGACCAUCCACCCGCCUCUGAGGAGCAGCCCCCUGGUGCGAGCCCUGAACGCGGCGCACGGCGGGCGGGUGUGCAGCACGUGGGGCGACUUCCACUACAAGACCUUCGACGGCGACGUCUUCCGCUUCCCUGGGUUGUGCAACUACGUCUUCUCCGCGCACUGCGGUGCCGCCUACGAGGACUUCAACCUCCAGCUCCGCCGCGGCCCAGGCCCCAACGCCACCGCGCCCAGCAGGGUCACCAUGAAGCUUGACGGCAUGGUUGUCGAGCUGACAAAGGGCUCCGUGCUGGUCAACGGCCGCCCAGCUCAGCUGCCCUUCAGCCACUCCGGAGUCUUCAUUGAGCAGAGCAGCAGCUCCGUGAAGGUGGCGGCCAAGCUGGGCCUGGUCUUCAUGUGGAACCAGGAUGACAGCCUUCUGCUGGAGCUGGACGCCAAGUACGCCAACCAGACCUGCGGGCUCUGCGGAGACUUCAAUGGCGUCCCCAUCUUCAACGAGUUCUUCUCCCACAACAUCAAGCUGACCCCCACCGAGUUUGGGAAUCUGCAGAAGAUGGACGGCCCCACGGAGCGGUGUCAGGACCCCGCCCCUGAGCCCCCCACGAACUGCUUGACCGGUUUUGGCAUCUGCGAGGAGAUGUUGAGCAGCGAGCUCUUCUCGGACUGUGCCGCCCUGGUGGACAGCAGCAGCUACCUGGAGGCCUGCCGGCAGGACCUCUGCCGCUGUGACCAGGCCAACCCCAGCAGCUGCCUCUGCCACACGCUUGCCGAGUACUCACGCCAGUGCUCCCACGCCGGGGGGCUGCCCCUGGACUGGCGGCGCCCCCAGCUCUGCCCCCAGACAUGCCCCCUCAACAUGCAGUACCGCGAGUGCGGGUCGCCCUGCGCGGACACCUGCUCCAACCCCGAGCGCUCCCCGCUCUGUGAGGACCACUGCGUCGCCGGCUGCUUCUGCCCCGAGGGGACGGUGCUGGAUGACAUCGGCCAUGCUGGCUGCAUCCCGGUGCCCCAGUGCUCCUGUGUGUACAACGGGGCCACCUACACUCCAGGGACCGGCUACUCCACAGACUGCACCAACUGCACCUGCUCUGGAGGCCGGUGGAGAUGCCAGGAGGUGCAGUGCCCGGGCACCUGCUCAGUGCUGGGCGGUGCCCACUUCUCCACGUUCGACGAGCGGCAGUACACGGUACAUGGGGACUGCAGCUACGUGCUGGCCAAGCCCUGUGACAGCAGCGCCUUCACCGUGCUGGCCGAGCUGCGCAGGUGUGGGCUGACCGACAGCGAGACCUGCCUGAAGAGCCUGACGCUGAUCCUGGGCGGGGGGCACAUGGUCUUCGUGGUAAAGGCCAGCGGGGAGGUGUUUGUGAACCAGAUCUACACCCAGCUGCCCCUCUCGGCAGCCAACGUCACGCUCUUCAGACCCUCCACUUUCUUCAUCAUCGCCCAGACCCAGCUGGGCCUGCAGCUGGAUGUCCAGCUGGUGCCCGUCAUGCAGGUGUUCGUGAGGCUGGGGCCCCAGCUCCGGGGGCAGACCUGCGGCCUGUGCGGGAACUUCAACCAGAACCAGGCCGACGACUUCCGGACCAUCAGCGGCGUGGUGGAGGGCACGGCCGCCGCCUUCGCCAACACCUGGAAGACCCAGGCCGCCUGCCCCAACGUCAAGAACGGCUUCGAGGACCCCUGCUCCCUCAGCGUGGAGAACGAGAAGUACGCUCAGCGCUGGUGCUCGCGGCUGACAGACCCCCACGGCCCCUUCACCCGGUGUCACGCUGCUGUGAACCCCAGCGCCUACUACUCGAACUGCAUGUUCGACACGUGCAGCUGCGAGAAGAGUGAGGACUGCAUGUGCGCGGCCCUGUCCUCCUACGUGCGGGCCUGCGCCGCCCGGGGCGUGCUGCUCGGCGGCUGGCGGGACGGCGUGUGCACAAAGCCCAUGACCACCUGCCCCAAGUCGCUGACCUACCUCUACAACAUCAGCACCUGUCAGCCCACCUGCCGGGCCCGGAGUGACGCGGACGUCACCUGCAGCGUCAGCUUCGUUCCUGUGGACGGCUGCACCUGCCCUGACGGCACCUUCCUGGAUGAUAUGGGCAAGUGUGUGCCGGCCACCAGCUGCCCCUGCUACCGUGGGGGCUCCGUGGUCCCCGACGGGGAGUCGACGCACGAGCAGGGGGUCAUCUGCACCUGCACCCAGGGCACACUGACCUGCAUCGGAGGUCACGCCCCAGCUCCAGUCUGUACCCCACCCAUGGUCUACUUCGACUGCCGCAAUACCACACCUGGGGCCGCUGGGGCCGGCUGUCAGAAGAGCUGCCACACCUUGGACAUGGACUGUUACAGCUCCCAGUGUGUGCCGGGCUGUGUGUGUCCCCACGGGCUGGUGGCCAAUGGCGACGGCGGCUGCAUCCCUGUGUCCGACUGCCCUUGUGUGCACAACGAGGCCAGCUACCAGCCGGGCCAGAUCAUCCGGGUGGGCUGCAACACCUGCACCUGUAAGAGCAGGAUGUGGCAGUGCACAGACCAGCCCUGCCCGGCCACCUGCGCGGUGUACGGCGACGGCCACUACCUCACCUUCGACGGGCAGCGCUACAGCUUCAGCGGAGACUGCGAGUACACGCUGCUUCAGGACCACUGCGGGGGGAACGGCAGCGCCCAGGACGGCUUCCGUGUCAUCACCGAGAACGUCCCCUGCGGCACCACCGGGACCACCUGCUCCAAGGCCAUCAAGAUCUUCCUGGGGAGCUACGAGCUGAAGCUGAGUGACGGGAACGUGGAGGUGAUCGAGAAGGAACAGGGGCAGCUGCCACCCUUCUCCAUCCGCCAGAUGGGCAUCUACCUGGUGGUAGACACGGAUGUCAGCCUGGUGUUGCUGUGGGACAAGGGGACCAGCAUCUUCCUCAGACUCAGCCCCGAGUUCAAGGGGAGGGUCUGCGGCCUGUGCGGGAACUUUGACGACAAUGCCCUCAACGACUUCACCACGCGGAGCCAGUCCGUGGUGGGCGACGCGCUGGAGUUCGGCAACAGCUGGAAAUUCUCGCCGUCCUGCCCGGACGCCCAGGCCCCCAAGGACCCCUGCGCCGCCAACCCGUACCGCAAGUCCUGGGCCCAGAAGCAGUGCAGCAUCGUCAACAGCGCCACCUUCAGCGCCUGCCACGCCCACGUGGAGUCGGCCAGGUACUACGAGGCCUGCGUGAGCGACGCGUGCGCCUGCGACUCGGGGGGUGACUGCGAGUGUUUCUGCACGGCCGUGGCCGCCUACGCCCAGGCCUGCCACGAAGCGGGCGUGUGCGUGUCCUGGCGGACCCCGGACAUCUGCCCCCUCUUCUGCGACUACUACAACCCCCAGGGCCAGUGCGAGUGGCACUACCAGCCCUGCGGGGCCCCCUUCUUGAGGACCUGCCGGAACCCCCGCGGCCAGUACCUGCACGACGUCCGCGGCCUGGAAGGCUGCUACCCCAAGUGCCCAUCAGAGGCCCCCAUCUUCGAUGAGGACCAGAUGCGAUGUGUAGCUUCAUGCCCAACCCCGACCCCACCAACGCCCUGCCGUGUCCAGGGCAAGUCCUACCGGCCGGGCUCCACGGUGCCCUUGGAAAAGAACUGCCACUACUGCGUUUGCACCGAGAGCGGCGUGCAUUGCACCUACGACUCUGAGGCCUGUGUCUGCACCUACGACGGGAAGCGCUUCCGUCCCGGGGAAGUCAUCUACCACACGACGGACGGCACGGGGGGCUGCAUCUCCGCCCGCUGCGGGGCUAACGGCACCAUCGAGAGGAGGGUCGAAGCCUGCAGCCCUACCCCCCGCACCCCCCAAACCACCUUCAUCUUCUCUACAACCCCAUUCGUCAUGAGCUCCACGCUUCCACCCACCACACACCCCAGCCCCUCCGAAAGCACAGCACACACUCCGAGCUCGGCCCCGGCCACCACCCCGGGCACAUCCCCUGGACCAACUCCUCCCGCAGCCUCCUCCCCGCCCUCGUCCCGGCCGCACUGUGGGGAGGAGUGCCAGUGGUCGCCGUGGCUGGAUGUCAGCCGUCCGGGACGGAGCAUAGACAGCGGCGACUUCGACACGCUGGAGAACCUCCGUGCCUAUGGGUACCGGGUUUGCCGAGCGCCGAGGGCGGUGGAGUGCCGAGCCGAGGGUGCCCCCGAGGUGCCGCUGGAAGUCCUGGGGCAGCACGUGGAGUGCAGCCCGAGGGUGGGGCUGACCUGCUACAACAGGGACCAGGCCUCUGGGCGCUGUGACAACUACCAGAUCAGGAUCCUGUGCUGCUCCCCCCGGGCCUGCCCCACUAGCAGUACAGAGACCACCCCUCCUGUAACCUUCAGCACGACUGAAACUGGGCCCACGCCUGGAACCAGCAGGGUUACAUCUGUGCCGACAGGGAGCACAGGUUCCUCAGCCCCUGUCACCACACCUGGCCCAACCACUGCCUCUACGACUAGCAAAACACCUGGCCCAGGUACCUCUACACCUGCCCCAGGUACCUCAACAACUGGGAAAACAACCCUCUCGACUCCCAGCCGAGCGCCAGUUUCAACAACAGUUACAACCACAACCUCUGUGUCAACCACAACCCCAGGGCCCUCGAAGGGAACGUCAUCUGAGCCAACCCAGGUCACCUGUUUACAAGAAUCAUGCACCUGGACCAUGUGGAUUGAUGGCAGCUACCCAGGGGCAGGGAGGAACAGUGGAGAUUUUGACAGUUUUCAGAAUCUGAGAUCCAAAGGUUAUAAAUUCUGUGCAAAGCCCAAGAACGUGGAAUGCCGGGCAGAGGUCUUUCCCAACACCCCACUGCAGGCACUGGGGCAGAACCUGAUCUGUGACAAAAACGUGGGGCUGAUUUGCUGGAACAAAGACCAGCUGCCCCCCAUCUGCUACAACUACCAAAUCCGGAUCCUGUGCUGUGAGGUGGUGGACGUUUGCAGAACAAAGACCACACCCCCUACCACACCUGGGCCCACACAGACGACCACAGGCGAAACCAGCACUGCCCGGGCCACUGCAACCUUCUCGUCUUCCACACAACACAGCACUGCCAGCUCGGCACACGUGCCCCCAAGAACGAGGGUCACAACCAGAACAAAUGAGCGGACCUCUCCGGGGACCACCUCCUGCCAGCCACAGUGCACAUGGACCAAGUGGUUCGAUGCGGACUUCCCAUCUCCUGGGCCCCACGGAGGAGACUUUGAAACCUACAGCAACAUCCUCAGAAGAGGAGAGAAGAUCUGCCUCCGACCCGAAUACUUCAGCGCCCUGGAGUGCCGAGCCGAGAACCACCCAGAUGUCAGCAUCCAGACGCUGGGGCAGGUGGUGCAGUGCAGCCCGGAAGUGGGCUUGGUGUGUCGGAACCGGGACCAGAAGGGCAAGUUCAGGAUGUGCCUCAACUACGAGGUGCGCGUGCUGUGCUGUGAGCCCCAGAAAGGCUGCCCUGUCACACAUGUCACAGUUCCCAGCACCUCAAGUCCUAAAAUUAGCACCACCACUGUGGAGACAACCAGCACCACCACUGUGGAGACAACUGGCCCAUCCACAGCUCCUAGAACCAGCACCAUCACUGUGGAGACAACCAGCCCAACCACAGCUCCUACAACCAGCACCACCACUGUGGAGACAACCAGCACAACAUCAGCUCCUACAACCAGCACCUCCACUGUGGAGACAACUAGCCUAACCUCAGCUCCUUCAUCCAGCACAACUUUUGUCCCUAUACCUGAAACUACCCCCUCCCAACCCGGGACCACCUCCUGCCAGCCACAGUGCACGUGGACCAAGUGGUUCGAUGCGGACGUCCCAUCUCCUGGGCCCCACGGAGGAGACUUUGAAACCUACAGCAACAUCCUCAGAAGAGGAGAGAAGAUCUGCCUCCGACCCGAAUACAUCAGCGCCCUGGAGUGCCGAGCUGAGAACCACCCAGAUGUCAGCAUCCAGACGCUGGGGCAGGUGGUGCAGUGCAGCCCGGAAGUGGGCUUGGUGUGUCGGAACCGGGACCAGAAGGGCAAGUUCAGGAUGUGCCUCAACUACGAGGUGCGCGUGCUGUGCUGUGAGCCCCAGAAAGGCUGCCCUGUCACACAUGUCACAGUUCCCAGCACCUCAAGUGUGAGUGUCACCAGCCACACAAGGACCACCUCCCAUGAGGCCACAUCCAGUGCAACCACUGUGCAGACAACCAGCCCAACCGCAGUGCCUAUAACCAGCACAACCUCUGUGGAGACAACCAGCACAACCUCAGCUCCUACAACCAGCACCACCACUGUGGAGACAACUGGCCCAACCACAGCUCCUCCAACCAGCACCACCACUGUUGAGACAGCCAGCUCAACCUCAGCUCCUAGAACCAGCACCACUACUGUGGAGACAACCAGCCCAACCACAGCUCCUACAAUUAGCACCACCACUCUGGAGACAACCAGCCCAACCACAGCUCCUACAGCCAGCACCACCAUUCAGGAGACAAGCAGCCCAACCACAGGUCCUACAAUUAGCACCACCACUCUGGAGACAACCAGCUCAACCACAGCUCCUAGAACCAGCACCACCACUGUGGAGACAACCAGCCCAACCACAGCUCCUACAAUUAGCACCACCACUGUGGAGACAACUAGCGCAACCACAGGUCCUACAAUUAGCACCACAACUGUGGAGACAACCGGCCCAACCACAGCUCCUAGAACCAGCACCACCACUGUGGAGACAACCAGCCCAACCACAGCUCCUACAACCAGUACCACCACUGUGGAGAUAACCAGCCCAACCACAGCUCCUACAACCAGCACCACCACUCAGGAGACAACCAGCCCAACCCCAGUUCCUACAAUUAGCACCACCACUGUGGAGACAACCAGCCCAAUCACAGGUCCUAAAAUUAGCACCACCACUGUGGAGACAACUGGCCCAUCCACAGCUCCUAGAACCAGCACCAUCACUGUGGAGACAACCAGCCCAACCACAGCUCCUACAACCAGCACCACCACUGUGGAGACAACCAGCACAACAUCAGCUCCUACAACCAGCACCUCCACUGUGGAGACAACUAGCCUAACCUCAGCUCCUUCAUCCAGCACAACUUUUGUCCCUAUACCUGAAACUACCCCCUCCCAACCCGGGACCACCACCUGCCAGCCACAGUGCACGUGGACCAAGUGGUUCGAUGCGGACUUCCCAUCUCCUGGGCCCCACGGAGGAGACUUUGAAACCUACAGCAACAUCCUCAGAAGAGGAGAGAAGAUCUGCCACCGACCCGAAUACAUCAGCGCCCUGGAGUGCCGAGCCGAGAACCACCCAGAUGUCAGCAUCCAGACGCUGGGGCAGGUGGUGCAGUGCAGCCCGGAAGUGGGCUUGGUGUGUCGGAACCGGGACCAGAAGGGCAAGUUCAGGAUGUGCCUCAACUACGAGGUGCGCGUGCUGUGCUGUGAGCCCCAGAAAGGCUGCCCUGUCACACAUGUCACAGUUCCCAGCACCUCAAGUGUGAGUGUCACCAGCCACACAAGGACCACCUCCCAUGAGGCCACAUCCAGUGCAACCACUGUGCAGACAACCAGCCCAACCGCAGUGCCUAUAACCAGCACAACCUCUGUGGAGACAACCAGCACAACCUCAGCUCCUACAACCAGCACCACCACUGUGGAGACAACUGGCCCAACCACAGCUCCUCCAACCAGCACCACCACUGUUGAGACAGCCAGCUCAACCUCAGCUCCUAGAACCAGCACCACUACUGUGGAGACAACCAGCCCAACCACAGCUCCUACAAUUAGCACCACCACUCUGGAGACAACCAGCCCAACCACAGCUCUUACAGCCAGCACCACCAUUCAGGAGACAAGCAGCCCAACCACAGGUCCUACAAUUAGCACCACCACUCUGGAGACAACCAGCCCAACCACAGCUCCUAGAACCAGCACCACCACUGUGGAGACAACCAGCCCAACCACAGCUCCUAGAACCAGCACCACCACUGUGGAGACAACCAGCCCAACCACAGCUCCUACAACCAGUACCACCACUGUGGAGAUAACCAGCCCAACCACAGCUCCUACAACCAGCACCACCACUCAGGAGACAACCAGCCCAACCCCAGUUCCUACAAUUAGCACCACCACUGUGGAGACAACCAGCCCAAUCACAGGUCCUAAAAUUAGCACCACCACUGUGGAGACAACCAGCACCACCACUGUGGAGACAACUGGCCCAUCCACAGCUCCUAGAACCAGCACCACCACUGUGGAGACAACCAGCCCAACCACAGCUCCUACAACCAGUACCACCACUGUGGAGAUAACCAGCCCAACCACAGCUCCUACAACCAGCACCACCACUCAGGAGACAACCAGCCCAACCCCAGUUCCUACAAUUAGCACCACCACUGUGGAGACAACCAGCCCAAUCACAGGUCCUAAAAUUAGCACCACCACUGUGGAGACAACCAGCACCACCACUGUGGAGACAACUGGCCCAUCCACAGCUCCUAGAACCAGCACCAUCACUGUGGAGACAACCAGCCCAACCACAGCUCCUACAACCAGCACCACCACUGUGGAGACAACCAGCACAACAUCAGCUCCUACAACCAGCACCUCCACUGUGGAGACAACUAGCCUAACCUCAGCUCCUUCAACCAGCCCAACCACAGCUCCUACAACCAGCACCACCACUGUGGAGACAACCAGCACAACAUCAGCUCCUACAACCAGCACCUCCACUGUGGAGACAACUAGCCUAACCUCAGCUCCUUCAUCCAGCACAACUUUUGUCCCUAUACCUGAAACUACCCCCUCCCAACCCGGGACCACCUCCUGCCAGCCACAGUGCACAUGGACCAAGUGGUUCGAUGCGGACUUCCCAUCUCCUGGGCCCCACGGAGGAGACUUUGAAACCUACAGCAACAUCCUCAGAAGAGGAGAGAAGAUCUGCCUCCGACCCGAAUACUUCAGCGCCCUGGAGUGCCGAGCCGAGAACCACCCAGAUGUCAGCAUCCAGACGCUGGGGCAGGUGGUGCAGUGCAGCCCGGAAGUGGGCUUGGUGUGUCGGAACCGGGACCAGAAGGGCAAGUUCAGGAUGUGCCUCAACUACGAGGUGCGCGUGCUGUGCUGUGAGCCCCAGAAAGGCUGCCCUGUCAACUCUGUGACUCCCUUUGUGACUUCAAGUCCCCAGUCCUCACUCUCUCCCGAGUCCACCACCCUCAUGGUUUCCCUGCUGACCUCCCCCAGCUCCGCAGCGCCCUCCACCUCCACGUGCUACUGCAGUGUGGCCCAAGGGUUCUACUCCGCAGGAUCCAUCAUUUACCAACAGACGGACCUCUCCGGGCACUGCUAUUAUGCCGUUUGCAGCCUGGACUGCCACGUGGUCAGGCGGACCGACCACACCUGUCCCACCAGCACGCCACCUCCCGCCCCAGCCACCUCCACGCCAGCGUCCUCCCCUUCUGCCUCUGUGCCCGUUACUCAGCAAGGAUGCCCAAAUGCAGUUCCCCCAAGAAUGAAAGGCGAAACCUGGGCCAUGCCCAACUGCUCUGAGGCCACUUGUGAGGGCAACGGGGCCAUCACCGUGAGGUCGCGCCAGUGUCCAAAGGUGCAGGAGCUCACCUGCGCCAACGGCUACCCCGCUGUGACGGUGGCCAACGGGGAGGACUGCUGCCCACACUACGCGUGCCAGUGCGUGUGUAGCGGCUGGGGCGACCCCCACUACAUCACUUUUGAUGGCGUAUACUACACGUUUCUGGAUAACUGCACGUACGUGCUGGUGCAGCAGAUCGUGCCCGUGUUCGGACACUUCCGGGUGCUGAUCGACAACUACUUCUGUGAUGCUGAGGAUAGGCUGUCCUGCCCACAGUCCAUCAUCGUCGAGUACCAGCAGGACCGCGUCGUGCUGACCCGCAAGCCCGUCCGAGGGGUGAUGACCAAUGAGAUCAUCUUCAACGGUGAGGUGGUCAGACCCGGCUUCCAGAAAGACGGCAUCGUCGUCUCCCAAAUUGGCAUCAAGAUGUACGUGGCCAUCCCCGCCCUCGGUGUCCAGGUCAUGUUCAGCGGCCUCAUCUUCUCCGUGGAGGUGCCUUUCAGCAAGUUCAGCAACAACACGGAAGGGCAGUGCGGCACCUGUACCAACGACCAGAAGGAUGAGUGCCGCCUGCCCGGGGGGGCGGUGGUAUCCUCUUGCUCCGACAUGUCCGGCCACUGGAAUGUGACAUACCCCGGCCAGCCAUCCUGCCACAGGCCUCCCCUGAUGCCCACCACAGCUGAGCCCAAGAAAUCGCCCACCUCGUGCCCACCUUUGCCAAUCUGCCUGCUAAUUCUGAGCGAGGUCUUCAAGCCGUGUCACUCGGUGAUCCCCCCGUGGCCAUACUACCAAGGCUGCACCUUCGACCAGUGCCACAUGCCCAGGGGGGACGUGGUGUGCUCCAGCCUGGAGCUGUACGCCGCCCUGUGUGCUUCGCUCAGUGUGUGCAUCGACUGGCGGGGCCUGACCAACCACACGUGCUCUUUCACCUGCCCUGCUGACAAGGUGUACCGGCCCUGCGGCCCGUCCAAUCCUUCCUACUGUUACAUGAACGACAGUGCCAACACCCUGGCCCUCCCGGAAGCCAUUCCCAUCACGGAAGGCUGCUUCUGCCCGGAGGACAUGAUGCUGUUCAGCUCGGGCACGGAGGUCUGUGUGCCAGCCAACUGCAGCAGUUGCCUGGGGCCCCACGGGGAGCCCGUGGAGCCUGGCCACACUGUCAGCGUGGGCUGUCAAGAGUGCACCUGCAAGGGAAGCACCCGGACUCUGAGCUGCCAGACUCGGCCCUGCCCCCUGCCCCCCGCCUGCCCCGAGCCCGGCUUCGUGCCAGCGCCCGCGGCCCUGCAGACUGGCCAGUGCUGUCCCCAGUACACCUGCGUCUGCAACGCCACACACUGCCCCGCGCCCGCGGACUGUCCGGAAGGCUCCGGCUCCACCCUGACCUAUAAGGAAGGGGCCUGCUGCCCGACCCAAAACUGCAGCUGGACCGUCUGCAGCGUCAACGGCACCUUGUACCAGCCUGGGGCCAUAGUUUCCUCGAACCUGUGCGAAAAGUGUUGGUGUGAGUUGGCCGGUGGCCCCCAGUCAGACACGUUCGCGAUCAACUGUGAGACCCAGAUCUGCAGCACCCGUUGCCCCGUGGGCUUCGAGUACCAGACACGGAGCGGGCAGUGCUGUGGCGAGUGUGUGCAGGUGGCCUGUGUCAUGAACACCAGCGGCAGCUCCGCCCACCUCUUCUACCCCGGCGAGUCCUGGUCAGACCCCAGGAGCCGCUGCGUGACACACGAGUGUGAGAAGCACCAGGAUGGGCUCGUGGUGGUGACCACGAAGAAGGCGUGUCCCCCACUCAGCUGUCCUGCGGACACGGCUCGGCUGAGCGAGGACGGCUGCUGCCUUUCCUGCCCCCAACGCCCGCCCCAGAACAGGUCGACCUGCACCGUGUACCACAAGCUCCAGGUCCUCCGGCAGCCAGGCUGCAGCUCUGUGGAGCCCGUGCGCCUCACCUACUGCCAGGGCAACUGUGGGGACACCAGCUCCGUGUACUCCCUGGAGGCCCGCACUGUGGAGCACAGGUGCAGGUGCUGCCGCGAGCUGCGGGCCUCUCUGCGGAACGCGACCCUGCGCUGUGAGGACGGCUCCAGCCAGGCCUUCAGCUACACGGAGGUGGAGGAGUGCGGCUGCGUGGGCCUGCAGUGCGACUCCCACGGGGGCCUCGGCCGCUCAGGGGAGGUGCAGCUGGAGCAGGGUGCCGAGCGGAGCCAGGAGACGGGGCUCAGGCACUGGAGGAGAGGGGCCCCGGGUCCCCGGCCUUCGCAGUAGACGGGCCGGAGCCCCGCCCUGUCCCUCCAGGACAGGCCCACAAGAACGUUUGUACUUGCUGCAAUCUCAGCCUCCAAGGCCAGUGGAACCUGAGCCCCGGUCCAGGUGACCCAAGCCUAGGCUGCACGGUCCACCCCUCUCGUCCCUCUCUGGGUCCAGCGGCCCCGGGUGUGCAGUGGCGCUGACGGGAUUGCAGCUGCCUGCUCUGGACCAGCCCGGGUGGGCAGGGGGUGGGGGAGGCUCCUCUGGCUGUGGGUCCAGCCUGCUGGUCCCUGCCUUCAGCAUCACGUAAGGGCCUGAUCCACAGCGGUCCCUCAGAUGCAGCAAUUGACUGCUCGGCCGGCCACUGGGAGGCAGAGCCUCACCCCUGCCUCGGCCCUGGGCCUCAGGAAAGGGCCGUCGGUUUCGGAAAUACAC